ACGGGUCGGCCGACGACACCCGACCCGACCCGAUUUAUUACAUCACAAUAAUAGACCACAUCACAACAUACACCACAAAAAACCACAUUCACACAUUCCCCCCUCUUACAAUAAUGGUGACGACCGCCGCCAAGCUCAUACCUUUAUUGACACUCGCCUACUUCAUCCACGCCGGAAAUCUCUCCCCCGCCGCAUUGCCCGUCGACGCCGCCUUCAAGCUUCCGGCGCCGCUACCCAAAUGGCCGCCAGGCGGAGGCUUCGCCGCCGGCGAGAUCGAUCUCGGCGGGCUGCAAGUCCGGCAGGUGUCGGCAUUCCGGCGAAUCUGGACCGGCUACAAAGGCGGACUCGACGAUAAAGGCGCUUCAUUCUUCGAGCCUGCUCCGAUCCCUGCCGGCUUCUCCAUGCUCGCCGCCUACGGUCAGCCGAAUUCCCGCCAACUCUUCGGGUGGGUGUUGGCGGGAAAAUCCAACGCCGGCGAUGAAUCCGGCGCAAUUCUCAAACAGCCGACGGAUUACACGCUAGCUUACCAAUCGCCGGGCGACUCUCCGGCCUACUUCUGGCGGCCGGCGCCGCCGCCCGGCUUCAAACCCGUUGGAUACAUCGUCACCGCUUCUCCCGACAAGCCGAGCCUCGACAGCAUCCGGUGCGUCCGCGACGACUUCACCGACGAGCCGGAGAUCGAAUCGUGGAUUUGGGGCCCCGGCGACGGCGCAAACGUGUACUCAUUAAGGCCUAAAACGAGAGGAGAAAAUGCAGAGGGUGUUAGUGUAGGUGCAUUUUAUGUAACAUCUAAUUCGAGCUCGGACAUAUCCAUAUCAUGUCUGAAGAACAAGAAUUCGAAAAAUUCGACAAUGUUACCGAACCUCAGCCAAAUCGAGGCAAUGUUUAGGACAUAUUCCCCGCAGAUGUAUCUUCACCCCGACGAAACUUUUCUUCCAUCAUCAGUGAACUGGUUUUUCACCAAUGGAGCAUUGCUGUACAAGAAAGGCAAAGAAUUCAAUCGCAGUGGAAUCGAUCCAAACGGGGCAAAUCUUCCGCAGGGAGGGGACAACGACGGGCUGUACUGGAUCGACCUGCCACAGGACAAAGAUGUUCAGGACAAUUUAAAAAAAGGGAAUCUACAGAGUGCAGAGACGUACCUCCAUGUGAAGCCAGUGCUUGGUCGAACAUUUACAGACAUUCAAUCGUGGAUGUUCUAUCCAUUCAACGGCCACGCGACGGCUAAGCUGCAGUUAAUCAAACGGUUCCCGUUGGGGAAGAUCGGGCAGCACGUGGGGGACUGGGAGCACGUGACCCUCAGAAUCAGCAAUUUUGACGGGAUGCUGUACAGUGUUUUCUUCGGGCAGCACAGCAAGGGGCAGUGGGUGGAUUCGUCCCACAUCGAAUUCCAAAACGGCUCCAAUAAAGUCGUCGGCUAUUCGGCGCUGAACAGCCACGCCAGUUAUUACCAGCCGGGGCUUGUAUUGCUGGGGGGCAAAGGGUUUGGGAUAAGGGACGACACUGACCGGAGCAACCUCGUAUGGGAUACGGCGGCGAGGUUUUUAAUAGUGGCGGCGGAUGGGACCACGGCGGCGGCGCCGCCGUGGUUGAACUACAACAGGGAGUGGGGACCGAACCAGACUUAUGAAAUUGGCGAUGAAAUUGAAAAGGUAAAGAAACUUUUGCCGGGAAAAUUGAAAUCUAAAUUUGUGGAACUGAUCGGAGAGCUGCCGAGUGAAAUUCUCCGGGAGGAAGGGCCGACUGGGCCCAAGAUGAAGAACAAUUGGAGUGGGGAUGAAGAAGAGCUUAGAAGAUAAGUAUACUAUUUUUUUGGUUAUGGAAAUUAAGUAUUCUUCUUCAUUGUUUCUGAAAUAAGGCAAAAGUGAUGAAGCAUAGAUCCUGAAGGCAAUGGUGAUAGCUAUGGUUGUUAGUGGACAAGAUUUGAGGUUAAACGUGAUUUACAAGAUAAUAUACAUCAAAGGCACAUCUCAUUAUGCUAGUAACUUAGCAAGUUCAUCUACUCUCAGAGUUCCCUUUGAGGCAAUGUUGAGAUGGUCUGCUUGAAUAUCUUUCUGUCGGUUGAUUCGGGGAGUUUUUUGAUCGUCUCUUCGGGUAGGGAUGGUGAUUUCUAACGGUAACGGUAAACCUGUUGGAGCUUCUUCUUUAGGCCUUGAAUCAGCACUUCCUCGUUUUUUCUUUUCCUCAGCUGCUGGUUUUUUAGGACGGGGUGGGAAGACGGGGCCGGUUGGAGCUGUCUUUGCAAAUGUUGCUGCCUCUUUGAAGACCGCGUCUGAAUCAAGAGUAUUGUCCAGGGCGAGUGCCAUUCCAGAUUCUAUGGCUUGGUUUCUGAGAAGCAGAAUUUCCUGCGCCGGGAUCUUCAUUUGUUGUUCGUCAUUCACUCCAUUAGGCAACUCCUCCAUGGAUGACACAUGAGCUUCAAGAUUAAGGCUGGAGUCAGGGAAAACAGGAGAUUCAUCAAAGCUAUUGCCGUCUGCAUCAUCAGCUUCAGACAAAUCAUCUGCCCCAAGUUCAAUCAAUUCAUUUCUUCCCGGAGAUUCCUCAGUACAGCAUCCAUUAGAAGAUGAGUUUGUUUCUUGAUCGACACAAUUUGGCUCCACCAUUGGCAAGCUUUGAGAAUUUGGUAAUGGAGAUGAUAGUACUAGCUCCUUAUCAUCAACAA